ACACUGAGUGAAUGAAGAUGCUGAGAAUGCCUGCGAAGAUCAGUCAAGUCUUCGCAAUUCGAGUGUAAGGUUCAUUGUGAAAUGAAGACGCAAUCGCGACUAGAGGCGCCAGAUGGAGGCUGGGGAGUUUUCGUGUGUAUCGGCAUGGCGCUACCCUUUAUCAGUGGUUUGGCUGCAUUGCCCUCAUUUGGACUGAUCUUUGGUGAUUUUCUGCGGAGCAUCGGCGCUGAGACCAGCGCUGUGGCUUUCAUAACCAGCGCCUUCUUUUGUGCUUUCAGCUUUGCCGGUCUCUUCUCUGGCUCACUCUUUAAUCGAUACGGUCUACGUGCCGUCGGUCUACUGGGCGGUGGGCUGUACUUUUUCGGCUCGAUUUUACAAAUAUUCGUGCGCUCCACUUGGGAGUUGCUAUUCGCAUUCAGCAUUAUUCAGGGCACGGGCUUUGGGCUUAUUGUGCCGACCUCAUACACAACCUUCAACAACUACUUCGUUAAGAAACGCGUUAUGUGGAUGAGUUUUGCACAGUCGCUAAUCGGCUUGGGCACUAUGUUCUAUCCGGUAGGCAUGCAAAUGCUAAUGGAGCUCUAUGGAUUUCGCGGUUGUCUGUUGGUGCUGGCAGCAAUCAAUUCCCAUGCUAUUCUGGGCAUGCUACUGAUGCAACCAGUGGAAUGGCAUAUGCGCAAGGUGACGGUCCAAGAGGAGCAGACUUAUAAUGGUGCUUCAGAUGUCACUUUGACUUUGAACAAAACCAUAAAUAACAACGAAUACAAGAAAUAUGUUGGACAAGAUACAUCCAUGGUUGAUUCCAAUAACUUGUCGCCGCUAAUGCAACAAAAACAUCGCUCGCUAACUAUAUCAAGAGAGAACCUGAAUCUGAAAAAUUUCUCAAGUCGUGCGUCAAGCAUAACAAGUCUGGGUAAUUGGACCGGCCCAAUUGUUGUGCGCGACGCUUCGCCGGAAAUGACGCGGUUUCAUUCAACGCUUGAGGUAAAUAUAGCGAGUGGUCACGUCGAAGAGGAGCGCAGCUGUUGGAAAAUUCUAGUAGACUUCUUAGAUCUAGAGUUGCUGAAGAAACCCAUUUACGUGAAUAUUGUCUUGGGUAUCUCUUUCGCGCUGUACUCUGACAUUGCGUUCUUCACACUGCAACCACUCUACCUCUUUGAGUUGGGCUUCACAAAACCGGACACAGCCAAUAUCAUCGCCAUCGGUGCUGCUGCUGAUUUGGCUUCACGCAUAUUUUUGGCAUUCUCCGCUAUAUUCGUUCAAAUGCCAUCCCGUUACAUUUAUUUGGCUGGUUCCUUCUUUACAGUUAUCGCGCGUUUUGCAUUUUUGAAUGUGUACAGCUAUGCGGACAUGGCCUGCACCACGGCGGCAAUGGGCUUCUUGCGUACUUGGAUCCAUGUACCGCUGCCGCUUGUCUUCGCCGAGUACUUGCCGAAGGAGAGAUUCGCCACUGGCUACGGUUUGUUCAUGUUUCUGCAAGGCAAUAUAAUGUUCGCCAUCGGUCCUCUGGUGGGCUAUUUGCGCGACCUAACACAAGACUACAUCGUGACCUUUCACUGUUUGAACUUCUUUAUGGCGCUUUGUGCGUUACCGUGGCUUAUCGAGAUAGUUUGUGUUAAAUUUAGAAGGAAAGCCAACUUUAAUAGUGGAAAAUAAACAAGUUAAACGUCGUGGAAAAGUGA